UGAAUUUGCCCCUAUGUGUGCAAGGUUUCCAUACAGGGUGUGUUGCACUGCAUUGGAAGCUCUUAUAAAUUGUAAGUAUAUAUGUGUCCUUGGAAUUGACUUGAGUGCCACAUCCAUGACGAGGUUUGCUCCAGUUCUAAUAACCCCUGGCAAUAUCUAGGUCCUGUAUUUGCAACUACACAUCUCAGUACUCCUUAGUUAAAAGAAGCUUUAUCAUCAUGAUACUACAUGAGCUGUUCAUUACUUUGGCACCAAGCAUCAUUUGUACAAGGAAGGCAGCAGUCGUAGGCUGGCUCAGUGAGCUGAUGUUUGCACAGCAUUAAAUCUGCUCUCACUAGAUACAGAACAAAUGGUUUAUAGUUAGGGCCAGGCAUUGGGAUGUGCACCUCCACACUAAACCUGCCCCUUGUCUUUCUCUCUGGCUUCCUCCAGUGGCUGAGCCAGUCUCCUCCUCCAAGAUGAUGAUGGUGGCUGGGGUGAUGCUGAUGAUCCCAGGAAGGAGGGGACAGAUGAUGAUGAUGAUGGUGUUGGUGGCAGCAGGUUGGCUGCUCGGCGCUGGGCACUGUACACAGUCGCAGGUGUGGAGCCGUCCAUUGCUGGCAGUGUUAUAGCAGAACGCUGGGUGUGUGCAGGAGUUGGACAGACAAGGCUGGGGAGAGCACUGCAGCAGCAGCUUCUUUCCUCAAUGUCUCCCCUGCGAGGCUGCUUCUCCUCCCCGGUCCAGCUGCGUCCACCGCUCAUCCCCAGGCCAUCCCUUUUUGGCCUCCUGUUGUUGGAACUCCUUGUGCUGCUGCUGGAGGAGGAGGAACAGUUGCCUGGGAGCCCCGGGACCAAUAGCCCUGCCGCCUCCUCCUCCAGCAGCAGCAGCAGCAGCCUUACGGCCGAGCAACAGAAUGAAAGCACAGGGGGGAGACCACUCCAUGAUCAACCUGUCAGUACAGCAAGUCCUCAGCCUGUGGGCUCACGGGACAGUUCUGAAGAGCUUGACCGAGAUGUGGUACUGGGUUUUCCUAUGGGCUCUUUUCUCUUCUCUCUUUGUCCAUGGAGCAGCGGGAGUUCUGAUGUUUGUCAUGCUUCAGAGGCACAAGCAGGGGAGACUGAUUUCUGUGUUCCUGAUCAUCAUUGGAUUCCUGGCUUCUGUCAUCGGAGCAAUGAUAACUAGUGCUGCAGUGGCCGGAAUUUAUAGGGUAGCGGGAAAAAACAUGGCUCCUCUCGAAGCACUGGUAUUUGGAAUUGGACAGACAGUAUUGACAGUGAUCAUAUCUUUUUCACGGGUCCUUGCCACCUUAUAAGAUUCCCAAAACAUGGCUUAAAGGUGGAGUUGUUUUCCAAUGGGGCCUACAUUUUCCCUGUAUCUGAUAAUUGAAUGAGAAAUGAAGCAAACCAUGGGAAAAUGCACAAUUUGGAUAAACUCUUUAAUGUUUCAGUUAGGCCUGCUGCACAGUACUUUGUAUAACAAUGUUCCUGUAGGCCUUUAGCAGCACUGAACAGUUUGAGAGUCUUCUGUCUCAGAGACAAUAUGGCUUCUAAUUGCCGAGCUGUUGCACUAAUGAACUGCAUAGCACCUUACGUGCCUCAGUCAAGGGUUAAGACGUGAUCAGUUUUUUUUACAUUGCUGCAGGGAUGUGCACCUUGCUGAAGGAUCUUUGUAGUCCUCUGGUAAUGUCAUCUUGGGACGAGAGCAGUGGAAUUCUGUGCUCUCCUCUUGGAAAAAUAAGCCACAUCAGAAUGUUGGAAUAGCCAAUACAUUUUUUUUGCUGUUACAAUCUAAGAGUAAAGAAGAGAGUAGAAGGUCACUGCUGUAGAAGCUUAGAUCAGUCAAAGUGGAAAGUAUUAUAUGUGCCAAAUGUUUCUUUUUGUGUGUGGGCGUGAAUAUGUUUUUUUUUACUAAAGCUAGUUUGGAAAGUGCUUCUGACUGAAUUGUGUUGAUUGAGGAAAAUACAUUGCAACAAGCCUUGUCAAUGAGAAAAGCAGUGUCGGUGAUAUGUGUAGGCGUUUGUUAACAAGCAUUAUCACACAUUGCUUGGUGAUUAAAGCAAGCAGAAUCAGUUAUACAAUCUUUCUCUAAAUCACACAUUUUUGUAUUACAUGGCAUGAUAUUAUUUAAGAAUGUAGGAAGAAUUCAUACAGUUGUUUGCAUGGCCUUAAUUCCUGGAUGGUAUUGCCUUCUGCUGCCUCAAAUAUCUGUAAAAAACGAUGUGAUAUGGUAUUUCCAUAGACAUAACUAAUAAAACAACAAUUUCUUUUCUAAUGUACACAAUUCCUUAUAUUCAUAUUUGAACCAAGUCAACAAUGCUAACAGUUUCCCUGCAUCUACCAAGAACUUAACCUCUCAAAAGGUAGCACUAUAGCGUUUUCUUAGUAUUUGAACUUGUUCUCUGCAGAGGAAAAAAGCGAGAUUUGCAUUCUGGUGCUUGAAUGUAAAUCUUUCUGUUUAUUCUCUUAGUAUUGGCCCUGAAAGGACAUUGUUUCCUUGAUCUGUUUAAUCCAGUUUAGCUUGUCCAGUAAGUAUGUGCCAGCAAGUGUAGCUAGAAAUUACAUGCAGCAGAUUAAAAUGAAUUAAAAGUACAACAUAAGCCCAAAAAUGUGAAAUCCAUAAUGUAUGAUUAAUGGAAUUUAUAUGCUGAAGGGUUAAAUUUAGCAUUGUUCUGAUCGGUAUUAUAUUGCAUCAAACUGAGAUGUCACUAUCCCAUUGUUGCCUAAAUAUCUUCAUUAACAGCACAUUGAAAAGUGAAAAAAUUGUAUUUUGGUUAACAUGAGCUUUUUUCCUUUAUUGAUGUCUCUUUGGGCACAAUCAUAUCUCCAACACAUAUUAAAGGGGAUUUAAACCCUAAUUCUUGACCUAAACUGUGCAUACAUUUUAGUGAAUUCUGUAACUCAUUAUCAAUAUUAGUUCUAAAUUGGACAGCUUUAAGAAAUAUUUAAGUCCCCUUUAAAGGGAAUGUAAAGCUUAGCUAAAUUAGGGCACAAAUGUUAUACAUUUAUUGUUUUGGGCUUCUAUACCAGCCUUUUAGCAGUAAAGUUCUGUGCCUCCAAAGAUGGCCACGUAGCGCCCCAUCUUCUUUUAAUGAUUCACUGCACAUGAUCUGUGCUGCUGUCACUUUAUGAGACUAACGCACAAUAUAUAGAAUAUAUAUAUAAUACAAAUGACAGUAUAUACGACUGAUUAGUAAAUAAAUCAGAUUACUGGUACAUGGCAGCUCAGUAACGAACACAAUUCACAUUAGAAAUUAAUAAUCAGCCCUAUAGCAUCAGCUUCUAUGACAGGUAAACCUAAUUUUCUGCUUGAUAAUUUGCAAUGACCCCUAAGCUGCUUUUCAACAGCUGCACAAGGCACACUGAGCAAUGGGAAACGCCUGUGACUACUCUUUUUUUGCAGUUUGAUUAUAGACCAGUAUUCCUAGGGAAUCAAAAUCGCACAAUAUUCUGCAUAUGUUAUGGCAAGAGGGCAUAGGUAGUGCUGGUUAUGCAAUUUUACUUUAGUUUGGGCCACUUUAGAGAGCUAGGUGGCAUAAUGGAACAGAUCUAUUGAUGAUUUACAUCCGCUUUAAUGGAUUUGUAGUUUUCUCUCUUUAAUGUAAGUGGGAAUAUGCAAGUGAUUUUAUUUGUGCAGUUUUUAGCUCUAGAAGCUUAGAUGCAGUUAAAUCUAACCAUAGUAACCUGCAUGUUACAUGACUGGAGCUGAUUUUAUACUGUCUGCUAAGGUAAAAUUACUUGUCAACUCUAUCAUUUUCUCUUAUGUACAUUGAGCAAGAUUUUUAUUCUUGGCUUUUAGUAGUGCAGUCAGUAAAGCAAAGCCAAUUGCACAAACUACAAGCCAUUUUGUAAUCAUCGUAAAACAAUAAGGCUGUGCAAUCUUCCAAAAAAAGAAUGCACAGAAUUUAGAAUUGUUGCUUAUGUGCCACUACUGAAUUCUUCAUAAAAGAUUUGAAUGCAUGAAAACUGGCUCAGAUUUGAAAACCAUGGAUAAAACUGUGGCAUCUGUAAAAAACAAAUGUCUAACAUCUUCAAAUCACAUGACAUUAUAGGGCAGAUAUAUCAAAGGUCAGGAUGCUCAAUCGUAAAAAAAUGUAAUUCUCUUGCAAAUAAAUUCUUUGGUAUAUAUAA